AACAAAGAAUCCUUGUAGAAAGAAGCCCUGCCUAUGUGAAAAAUUGCUGGAGCCUGCCUUUCCGUUUCGGAAUACCGUGCAGUACAGAUCGUCAGCGAAUUAUAAGGAUUUUUGUAGAAGAGCAGUUAGUAGACGAAGAAAACACGUGGCCUUUCUCAACUUCCAUUUAUCGAUAUACAUAUCACAUUUGAAAAUAAUGGUAUACCAUUCCUGUUGUGUGCCAGGCUGUUACGAUCAGACGUCUACGCGUCAUCGAUUUCCAAAUCCCACUAAGGCCGAAAUUCGAUUUAAAGAGUGGGUACGUUUAGUGGGAAACGAGAAGUUAUUGCAGAUAGAUCCUGGAAAAAUAUUUCGGAACUAUCGGGUUUGUCACGAACAUUUCCGUCCAGAGGACAAAUCUACGAAUAAUUUUUUAAAGAAGACAACAUUACCAUCUCGAAAUUUACCACAUAUUAAAAAAGCACAGGCAAGUACAUCGUGUACUGCGGAAACAGACUUGCAGCAGGAAGAAGUGAUACCUUCGACAUCGAAAACGUUCCAUCCCGAUGAAAUCGUAUUUCAACAAUCAAGUACUGAUUGUAAGUAUUAUAUUCAUAAUGUAUUUCAUUUUUUGGAAAAUGUAGAUUUAUUUUGAUAUUCAUUUUUUUUUAGUA